UUUGGCUGGCGAUGAGUGGAAACGGCGGGGUCAGGUAGGGGUCAGCGAGAACGUCUUCCUGCUGGAGAUCCCGUGCCACGCUGCAUCCUCUCCCAUUCACACCCGGCUCUUGUCUGGACCUUAUCACGGCACUGGUUACGUCUUUUAAAGGAUCCUUUGCAUUAUUUACGUCGUUUGCAAGUUUGGUUGGCCGGAGGUUUGGGCCGAGGCUUUCGGCGGCGUGCGGGAGUCAGCGGGCUGCUGUGAGCACGUUCUCCGUCUCCUGGCGUGAGCGGCGCGGCCUGGUUAUGCCGGUCAGGAACAAGUCCAAAACGGCCACCAGAGACUCGGGCCAGAAUGUAGAUAGUGGUUCGGAGGAGGAGGAGGAAUUUAAGCCCGAGAAUAACCGAGGCGAUUCAGACAUUGUCAAAUCUCCUAGUGACCCCAAAGAGUACAGGUAUAUCAAACUAGAAAAUGGUUUAAAUGCACUCUUAAUCUCGGAUAUGUCCAUUGAUAAGUCUGAACCAGAUAAGCAGAUUGAGGAAGAUGAAAGUGAUAGUGAUGAUGACAGCUCUGAGAGUUUGUCAAAUAAUGAUUCUGCUGAAGAUUCAUCAGGGGACUAUGAAGAAGAUGAAUUUGAAGAUUCACAACAUUGUAUUGGGAAAAAGAAAUCAGAGAAGCAGUCAGCAGCUGCCCUUUGUGUUGGGAUUGGAAGUUUUAGUGAUCCCGAUGACCUUCCAGGAUUAGCACAUUUUUUGGAACACAUGGUCUUUAUGGGGAGUGAAAGAUAUCCUGAUGAGAAUGGUUUUGAUGCUUUCCUGAAAAAACAUGGUGGUAGUGACAAUGCAUCAACUGAUUGUGAACACACCGUGUUUCAGUUUGACGUCCAGAGAAAGUACUUUAAGGCCGCCCUUGAUAGGUGGGCACAAUUUUUCAUUGGCCCCUUAAUGAUCCAAGACACCAUUGAUCGUGAAGUAGAGACAGUAGAUAGUGAGUUUCAGCUAGCUAUGCCAUCUGAUUCAAGUAGAAAAGAAUUAUUAUUUGGAAGUCUUGCUAGACCUGGUCAUCCUAUGGGAAAAUUCUUUUGGGGAAAUUCACAGACACUGAAACAUACACCAAAAGAGAAAAACAUUGAUACCUAUGCUAGACUUAAAGAGUUUUGGAAGCGCCAUUACUCUGCUCAAUACAUGACUCUGGCUGUCCAGUCAAAAGAAAGCCUGGACACUUUAGAAGCAUGGGUGAAGGAAAUUUUUUCUCAAAUACCAAACAAUGGUCUUCCUAAACCAGAUUUUUCUGAUAUCGGGGGUCCCUUUGAUACACCUGCUUUUAAUAAACUUUAUAGAGUUAUUCCUGUGAAGAAUGUUCACUCUCUGAAUAUAACUUGGGCGCUGCCACCUCAGAAACAGUAUUACAGGAUAAAGCCACUCCAUUAUAUAUCAUGGCUUAUUGGACAUGAGGGUAAAGGCAGUAUCCUGUCCCUGCUUCGCUCCAAGUGCUUGGCUCUUGCCUUAUUUGGUGGAAAUGGUGAAACUGGAUUUGAACAAAAUUCAACAUAUUCUGUGUUCAACAUCUCAAUUACGUUAACUGAUGAAGGCUAUCAGCAGUUCUAUGAGGUUGCACAUAUUGUGUUUCAAUACAUGAAAAUGUUACAGAAUCUUGGACCUCAGGAGAGAAUUUAUAAAGAGAUUCAAAAAAUUGAAGAUAAUGAAUUCCAUUACCAGGAGCAGACUGAUCCCAUCGAUUUCGUAGAAAAUGUUUGUGAAAAUAUGCAGCUUUUUAAAAAAGAAGAUUUUCUCACUGGAGACCAAUUACUGUUUGAGUACAAGCCUGAGGUUAUUGCUGCUGCUAUCUCCCAACUGAUCCCACUGAAAGCAAAUUUGAUUCUCCUUUCUCCCAACAAUGAAGGAAAAUGUACUCUCACAGAGCGGUGGUUUGGGACGGCAUAUAGUGUUGAAGAAGUUGACAAAUAUUGGGCUGAAACAUGGGCAAGUGAUUUCCCUUUGAAUCCUGCCCUUCACCUGCCAGAAAAGAACAAAUACAUAGCAACUGACUUUACACUGAAGAGCUCUGAUUGUACUGAUACCAUGUAUCCAGUGAAAAUCUUAGAUGUUAAGAGUGGAUGCUUAUGGUACAAAAAAGAUACAAAGUUUCAGAUUCCUAAAGGUUAUAUCCGAUUCCACUUGAUAUCGCCUCACAUCCAUAAAUCUGCAGAAAACUUGGUGCUGUUUGAUUUAUUUGUGAAUAUUGUGGCUCACAACCUAGCUGAACCUGCAUAUGAAGCUGAUGUUGCACUGCUGGAGUAUAAACUAGUGGCUGAAGAGCAUGGAUUAGUCAUCAAAGUGAAGGGAUUUAACCACAAACUUGGGCUUCUGUUUCAGCUCAUCAUUGAUCAUCUGGCCAAUUUUGCAACCACUCCAGAUGUGUUUGGAAUGAUUGUAGAACAAUUAAAAAAGAGUUACUUCAAUGUUUUGAUCAAACCUGAAAAACUGGGAAAAGAUGUACGCUUAUCAAUUCUGGAACAUGAACGGUGGUCUUUGAUGCAGAAGUACCAGACCUUGAUGAAAGAUGGAAUCUCAAUUGAAGCACUGAUGUCGUUUGUGAAGAACUUUAAAUCCCACCUUUUUGUAGAAGGACUAGUGCAAGGAAAUUUCACAAGCAAAGAGUCCAUUGAAUUUCUAAAUUAUAUUGUGAAGAAGCUGCAGUGCAAACCACUGGUGAAGGAUGUACCUGUGCAGUUCAGGGUUGUGGAGUUACCUAAUAAGCCACAUGUGUGCAAAGUAAAGUCUCUGAACAAAAAUGAUGCCAAUUCAGAGGUCACUGUUUAUUAUCAGUCAGGUUGUCACAAAGUAAGGGAAAAUGCCCUUAUGGAACUACUUGUUAUGCACAUGGAAGAACCUUGUUUUGAUUUUCUGAGGACAAAAGAAACACUUGGGUACCAUGUGUAUCCUUCCAGCCGAAAUACUUCUGGAAUCUUGGGGUUCUCAAUCACAGUGGAAACACAGGCAACAAAAUUUAAUACUGAAGUAGUAGACAAGAAAAUUGAAGAAUUUCUGAAAAGCUUUAAUAAAAGAUUAAUGUCAAUGAGUCAGGAUUCCUUCAAUGCUCAGGUAACUGCAUUGAUUAAGCUUAAGCUCUGUGAAGAUACACAUCUAGGAGAGGAGGUAGACAGAAAUUGGGAUGAAGUUUUUACGCAACAAUAUCUGUUUGACAGGCUUACCCAUGAGAUUCAAGCUCUUAAGUCGUUCAGCAAAACAGAUUUGGUGAACUGGUUCAGUGAUCAUCAGGGAAAGAAGAGUAAAAAACUUAGUAUUCAUGUAAUUGGAUAUGGGCGACAUGAACCCGAUAAGACCACAGACUCCACAUGCGAAGCUCAGCCUGUGGGUGGAGAAAAUAACCAACUAACUUUCGUAUCUGUGUCUCCUCUGAUGAAAGAUGCAAUUGCCAUUAACAACAUCUCUGCUUUCACUUCAAGUCUAAAGCUUUACAAUUUUCAUAAGAUUUUGAAAUGAGGUUAGUUAAAUCAAACCAUAAGAAUGUGGUGUGUUGCUUAGAAUGUGCAGUUGACAUAUAAAAUGAAAUCUGAUUAGUGUUUCUGCUUUGAGCAAAGGCAUUUCGCCAUGAACUGAUAUAUUUCAAAAGUAUGUUAAUAUAACUAAGAGUUUAUUAUGAAGUUUAUGCCUUUAUGGAUCAUCCAAUAAUGUGCACCAAUUCACUGAGGCGCAGGUACAAGUAGAUAUUUAAAUGAUAAUGCACUUUGGUUUGCCAUUACUUUUCCUUUUGGGGGAAAAAGUCAUAACAGUUUGGCAAUAAUUUUCUUGAGAAGAGGUAUUAUGAAUGCUUCCUGAUCAUAGUAAGCCUCAAACCUGACACACCAGUUCUGCAUGAGAAGUAAUCAUUAUCCAGCCUUAGUUAAUUCUCCAAUGGACUGGUGUUCUUAAAAAGCAAACUGAUACUUUUGCAAAGAAAACAAUAACUAAUCUUUAAUUAAAGCUGUGAGGGAGUUGUUUUAAAUUGUAGUGUUUGAUUUUAUUGCUUUCUAGUUUUGGUGGGGAGUAGGGACAUUUUAAAUUUCCUGUAAGAAUUAUAAUUCUGUAAUCAGAAUAAAUACAAUUCAUAAGUUGAAACUAACUGGUGUUUUCUUUUUAUUUAAAUGUCAUUGAUAUUUUAGAAUACUUAAAUUACCAUAAAGGUGGUUGCAGUGGGAAUUAAUUGACAGGGGAUGGAGACUGAAAAUUCCUAGUCAUGUUCUUUUUCAAUCUUAGAUUGUGGUUGCUAACUAUAUAUUAGAGUACCUUAGAACUUAAAGUGGAAAGGCUUGCUUCUGACGUUUUAUUUUGUCCUAACAUUUGAAAGUUCUGGAAGGGUUAUACUUUAUUGUGGUUUUAUUUUUAUAGCUCAAAAUGAAAGUGAAAAAAUAAGCUAGAAUUUGAGUGAAAAAAAAAUUGUGCAUACAAUUUUAAAAGGAGCAAACAAUAUUGAUUCUGGUUUCUAAAAAAAAAAGUCAUGAAUUUCUACACAUCAAUAACCUUAAAAGACAUAGCAUGUAUUAAAAUGUGCAUCCAAGCAAAUUUAUUAUACUUGAGCAUAACUACUGGAAGAAUUCAGUGGGUCAAGAAGCAUCUGUGGAGGCAGAAGGAAUGUUGGUGUUUCAGACUGAGAUGGGGAGGAAAGGUGGCCAGCAUAUACAGGAGCUGCUAAGUAGGACCAGGUUUGGGGGAGUGAGGAAUGCUGGGCAGAUGGAGGAUAAGGAUGGAAAAGAUGAAAAGGAGAGGGAACCUGGGUUGACUGUUGGCAGUAGAAAGGAACAGGAGUGUACUACUUGAAAGUAGAAAAUUCAACAUUCAUGCCAUGGGUUUGCAAGUUACCCAAGUGGAAUAUGAGAUGCUGUUCUACUGUUUGUCUUGUCUUUAAUUGACUACUACUGAGGAAGAAUGAUGGUUUCCACUGAACUCAAAUUGGAAAGGUAUAUAUUUGUUCUUAGAUGACUUUUUUCCCCUCCCUUCAAGCUGUAUAUAAGAAUUUGACAUUAGAAAGUUGCAGCAAAUAAAUCUGCAUUCUAUUUAACAAAUCUGGGGAAAACUAGUAGCACACAGGUGAGAUUGAAUGUUUUAUAAACUUAACUAGCUGCCCUUACAGAUGUAUUCAGCAAUUGGUCACAGUUAGGGCAGCAAGUUUCAAUCAAAUACACUUAAAAUUGGCUAUUUGUAAAUAAUUUGAUUGUUUUUAACUGGCAAUACUUAAACUUGCAUGUGAAAGAUUUGAAUGAUCAUCAAAUUAUGAAACUUGGUCUCCACACAAGUUAGUGUAUUUAGAGAGGAAGUAUAAGGAAAAACUGUACCAUUUGCUCGCUUCUUACCAAUUUUAAAUGGGUGAUCACUUUGAAAUCAGCAGAUAUUCUAAAUUAAACAGUUACCAAAUUAUUGAUUCUGAAGUUGCUGCAGUCUACAGAAAUAACUCCAGGGUGAUGCUAAAAAGGCAGUUCAAAAAUUUUGAGACCAGGCAUGCAUUAGGAUGGUGUUGCCAAUGGUAUUCAUGGCUUAAAAAAUGGUUAGCUUCAGGAGCUGCUAUUGAGAUGUUAAAAUAUAAAGCUGCUGCUAAUAGUUGGUGACUAUGAGCAGAUAACCUUUCCUGCAGCUUAAGCAGGGCACUAAGUUUUUGAGUCACAAAGUUCCUUCCAUAUUCCCACUGUAUAAAAGUUGUGAACUGCUGUAAGCCCAUCUUUGCAUGAUUGUACAGGAGUAUUAAUUCUAGUAAUCUCCUUUCAGCUUGUGCAAGGUGUAUUUUGUCAAUAGUGAAAAGGCAGAAGUAUUAAUGAGAAGAGAAACUAGGGAUCCAAAUGUAUAAUGAACAUGUAU